AUUGUUCAUGGAGUUUUUCAUCAGUAUGUCUGAAACCAUUAAAUAUAAUGACGACGAUCACAAAACUGUGUUCCUGAAAACAUUAAAUGAACAACGUUUGGAAGGAGAAUUUUGUGACAUAGCUAUCGUGGUUGAAGAUGUUAAAUUCAGAGCACAUAGGUGCGUGCUUGCUGCCUGCAGUACCUACUUCAAAAAGCUUUUCAAAAAACUGGAAGUUGAUAGUUCAUCAGUAAUAGAAAUAGAUUUUCUUCGUUCUGAUAUUUUUGAGGAAGUUCUCAAUUACAUGUAUACUGCAAAAAUUUCUGUUAAGAAAGAGGAUGUAAAUUUGAUGAUGUCUUCAGGCCAGAUUCUUGGCAUUCGAUUUCUGGAUAAACUCUGCUCUCAAAAACGUGAUGUGUCUAGUCCUGAAGAAAACACACAGUCCAAGAGCAAAUACUGUCUAAAAAUAAACCGUCCUAUGGGGGAACCUAAUGAUACCCAAGAUGAUGAGGUGGAAGAAAUUGGAGAUCAUGAUGAUAGUCCAUCAGAUGUGACGGUGGAAGGAACUCCCCCAAGUCAGGAAGAUGGAAAAUCACCUACCACUACCCUGAGAGUGCAAGAGGCGAUUCUGAAAGAGUUGGGAAGUGAAGAGGUUCGAAAAGUAAACUGCUAUGGCCAAGAAGUAGAGCCUAUGGAAACAACCGAAUCAAAAGACUUAGGAUCUCAGACUCCUCAGGCUUUGACAUUUAAUGAUGGCAUAAGUGAAGUGAAAGAUGAACAGACACCAGGCUGGACCACAGCAGCUGGGGAUAUGAAAUUUGAGUAUUUGCUUUACGGUCACAGGGAACACAUUGUAUGUCAGGCUUGUGGUAAGACCUUUUCUGAUGAAGCACGACUAAGAAAACAUGAAAAGCUACACACUGCUGAUAGACCAUUUGUUUGUGAAAUGUGUACAAAGGGCUUUACCACACAAGCUCAUUUGAAAGAGCACUUGAAAAUACACACAGGUUACAAGCCUUACAGUUGCGAGGUAUGUGGAAAGUCUUUUAUUCGUGCACCAGAUCUAAAAAAGCAUGAAAGAGUUCACAGUAAUGAGAGGCCAUUUGCAUGCCAUAUGUGUGAUAAAGCUUUCAAGCACAAGUCCCACCUCAAAGACCAUGAAAGAAGACACCGAGGAGAGAAACCUUUUGUCUGCAGUUCCUGCACUAAAGCAUUUGCUAAAGCAUCUGAUCUAAAAAGGCAUGAGAACAAUAUGCACAGUGAAAGAAAACAAGUUACUACAGCCAAUUCCAUCCAGAGUGAAACAGAACAGUUACAGGCAGCAGCCAUGGCUGCUGAAGCAGAGCAGCAACUAGAAACUAUAGCUUGUAGUUAAAAACUAAAGCAGAAACUUUAUCAGAAAUAAUAUAAGAAAUUAAAUUGAACAGAAUCUAUUGUUGGUAUACGUUUAGACUGAAAAUUAUCUUUUCAAGAAAACAUAUUUUUAGAGGAUUUGAAUGCUAAAUAGGAACACAUAGCAUUGCUUGGCUGGGUAUUUUAAAACAUUUCAGAGAUGGGUGUUCUUAGGAUAUGAAAUAGUUUUGUUGUCAUUAGCGGUAUAAUUCACUAAUGCCUGAUUUAAUUUGAGAAUGUGAUCAAGUUCUCUACAAAACAGGGAUCAUCACUGGCUGAUGUUUUGUUUCAUCCAGUAUGGAAUACUGCAUACGAUGUAGACAUCGAAAUCAGUAAGUUCUGUUUAAAAAUGCUGAGAUCUCAGAAAAUAGCAACCAUGGAAAGGAAAUACUUGUUUUUCAUAAUUUUGAAAGUGUUAUACCUACAAUUUUGAGAAACAGGCGUUGAUUCCCUG